CCUCCCAGCCUGCGUCCAAGGCUGUCCUCUCCCUCUUUCCCUCCUCCCACACCCCAGAGAGCUGGGCCCUGUUAGGUGUGGCCCUCACGGUUUCCUAGCGCCAGAGGCAAAGGCAGCUGUGGGGAGAGAGGAGCCCGGGAGGGGAGGGAGGGCGCAACCCCGGCUGCACCCACAGGAUUGGCCGAGCUGUGCCCUCUCUGCCGGCACCUGACUAGAAGCUUCCUCAAAGCCAUAGUGACCUCAGCCGCUGUCCUGAGCUCUGCCGGUGCCAGCCAGGAGGCCCGAGUCAUGAGGUGGGCAGGCGGCGGGCAGGGCGGGCCGUCGGGGCUGUCUCUGAGGCAGCGGUGAGGCGGGCAGGGGCCGCCGGGCCCGUGGGGGGCACGAUGGACAAGUUCCGGAUGAUCUUCCAGUUCCUGCAGUCCAACCAGGAGUCCUUCAUGAACGGCAUCUGCGGCAUCAUGGCGCUGGCCAGUGCCCAGAUGUACUCGGCCUUCGACUUCAACUGCCCCUGCCUGCCGGGCUACAACGCGGCCUACAGCGCGGGCAUCCUGCUCGCGCCGCCCCUGGUGCUCUUCCUGCUCGGCCUGGUCUUGAACAACAACGUGUCCAUGCUGGCUGAGGAGUGGAAGCGGCCGCCCGGCCGCCGGGCCAAGGACCCCGCCGUGCUGCGCUACAUGUUCUGCUCCAUGGCCCAGCGCGCCCUCAUCGCGCCCAUCGUCUGGGUGGCCGUCACGCUGCUCGACGGCAAGUGCUUCCUCUGCGCCUUCUGCACGGCCGUGCCCGUGGCUGCGCUGGGCAACGGCAGCCUGGCGCCCAGCCUGCCCGCCCCCGAGCUCGCCCGCCUGCUGGCCCGGGUGCCCUGCCCCGAGAUCUACGACGGCAACUGGCUGCUGGCCCGAGAGGUGGCCGUGCGCUACCUGCGCUGCAUCUCCCAGGCACUGGGCUGGUCCUUCGUGCUGCUGACCACGCUGCUGGCGUUCAUGGUGCGCUCCGUGCGGCCCUGCUUCACGCAGGCCGCCUUCCUCAAGAGCAAGUACUGGUCCCACUAUAUCGACAUCGAGCGCAAGCUCUUCGACGAGACGUGCACGGAGCACGCCAAGGCCUUCGCCAAGGUCUGCAUUCAGCAGUUCUUCGAGGCCAUGAACCACGACCUGGAGCUGGGUCAUGCCCACGGGGCACUGGCUGCGGCCCCCGCUGCCUCGGCUGCCGCCAGCCCCCUGGACGGUGCAGAGGAGGAGAGGGACAAGCUGCGCGGCAUCACGGACCGGGGCACCAUGAACAGGCUGCUCACCAGCUGGCACAAAUGCAAACCGCCCCUGCGGCUGGGCCAGGAGGAGCCGCUGCUGGGCAAUGGCUGGGCGGGGCAUGGGCCCCGGCCCCCACGCAAGGAGGUGGCCAUCUACUUCAGCAAAGUGUGAGCCUGGCCGGCUGAGGUGGCGGAGGGGGGUCAGACCCAUAGCCCCCAGCCCCCCAGACCAGAUGGACAGAUGAAGGCUUUAGGUGCAGUAGACCCGGAGCAGAGCCACAUGCCCAGGACCUCACCUGCCUAUUAGAGGCAGGACAUUUGGAGCUCGAAGGGGCCCUCACUGUUCCAGCUGCGAGGCCACCCUGGACGGCCCGGGGCAGUGGGGCCGUGAGCAGUGCUCCUCAGAAGGGUCAGAACUGGCUUGGAGGCUCAGGGACAGAGGGCUCCCACCUCCCCAGCACCUCCCAGGCCACUUCUAGAGCAGGGGCUUCAUCCCUCAUUCACUGUCCCCUCUCAGCUUCUGCAGACGUCCCUGCCUCAGGGGCCACUUUUGCCUGGGACUCUGAGGAUCUCUCUUCCUUGUGCUCAGGGCCCAGGGAGCAGGAGGUGGCAGCCCUCUCGUGGAGGAGGAGCCCUCCGACUGUGGCCUCGGUCUCCUGAAUGGGCCAAGGUGGGCCAUAAGGACAUGACAUACGGCCUCACCUUUGUGACACACCUGGGGAGACAGGUGAUGAGACAAGAUGCCAUAAGCUAGGUCCACGUGGGAGAAGCCCAUGUGGGAGGGCAUGUGGUCACCAUGGAGGUCACUCAACGAUUGUCCAGGGGACGGACGGCAUACUUAUCUAGCACCACGCACAAAAGGCCUCUCCUGGAGGGGUCCUGGGAGACCUCCGUAAUCCCACCUCACGUCCAGGUCUCAGGGGCUAAUUGGACCAUCCCCAGAGUUUGAGAAGUUAGAAACAGAAGCCAAGAUCUCUCCAUUUUUCUGGGACCCCAGCCCCGGAGAGGGGCUGUGAAGUGCUGUGAGGCUCUGCCCCGGGUGGGAAUGAGGGUGGAGGGUGCUGGCUAGAGUGGAAACAGCUAGAGUGGGACAGAACUGGGUCAACGCUGUCUCUACCAAUUACAAACUAUGUCCCUCAGGCAGUUGAGGGACACAUCCCUUCAUUUUCCAUGCCUCAGUUUCCUCAUCCAUACAAGAAGGAUAAGAGCCCCUCCCCAUGAAGUGGUCAUGUGUAAAAAGCACGUGGCAGAAAGGACACACAAGGAACAGAAACGCUCGAGCCUCCACCUUUGUCGAGGAGGGGGAAACAGAGGCACAACCUUCUCACAGCCCCCAGAUGUCUCUGAGACACAUGUCCUACCAUCUAAGAAUUCAUCUGGAUCUUGGUCGUGGUUCCCAUCUUUCCUCGUCCAGCCUUCCCUCCUCCCACUUCGCUUCGGAGGCCGUCUCCCUCCCUUGCGUUACUGGGGUGGAGGGGUUGGGGAGGUCACAUCCCUGUCAACCUAUGGCAAGUCACCUAACCUCUCUGAUCUUCCGUGCAGUGCGUCUGUCUGUGCAAGGACAUUAAAGACCUGUUUUUCAGGACUGUGGUGAGGAUGGAGGGAGCUAACUUUUAGGAAGGAUCCUCGACCGUGUUUGGCACAUGGUGGAAUCUGAAACAAACAAAUAAAAAAACAAAACCAAACAUACACUGG